AUGGCUGAAAAACUCUCAAUACUGUGCUUCGGCGACUCUCUCACCGCUGGCUACUACAAUUAUGGCGAACAUUACCACCCAUAUGCUGAAAAGCUCAAAGAAAUCCUCCAGCCAGUGCUACCUACCACGGAGAUCACGACAGAUGUGGCCGGUCUUCCAGGCGAUCUAGUUUGUUCUCCGGGCUUAUUCGUCUCCCGCAUAUCAGAGCAGAUGACCAAAAAGCGUUAUGACUUGGUCAUCUUCCUCGGCGGGAGAAACGAUAUAGGCUAUGGCAAAUCGUCUGAUAAUAUUUAUGACGGUCUGAAAAAGUGUUGGAUGAUGGCGCUCACCACGGGUGCAAAAGUCCUCGCUUUGACCAUCCUCGAUUGUGCGGCGAAAUUUGCACGCACAGAUGAAAACCGCAAUGAGGUCAACCGCUUGAUACUUGCCCACCAGGAAGACAGAUUUUUUGCCUUCGAUUUAUGCGCUGCAAUUCCCUAUCACUCCGCCUCGAAGGAGUUCCAGAACAAGAUUUUCGAUGAUGGACUUCAUCUUACUCCAGAUGGAUAUGACCUAAUGGGUGAAGUGAUCGGGGAACAUAUGGCGGGUCUACUUCGAACGUCAGCACUCUCCGUGUCGUCUGGUUAUGAGUAA